AUGUUUAAUCCAGAAAAAAUAUUGUCAGAUCUUAGGAAAAUGAUUCCUCCACUCUUAGAUUCUUUUCAUAAGGGUCAGGCAGGUAGAAUUGCUAUUAUUGGAGGCUCAGAGAAUUAUACUGGCGCUCCUUUCUUCUCCUGUAUGUCUUCUAUGCUUUUUGGAGCAGAUCUUGGAUAUAUAAUAUGUGAACCAGGAGCAGGAAAAGUAAUUAAGACAUAUUCACCGGAUUUAAUUGUUUAUCCUUUAAUGAGACUCUCUACCCGUGCUCUAGAUACAGUUUCUAGCAUGAUAGUAUCAAAUAUUUCUCAGUUAUUAGACCGUUUACAUGUUAUUGUUGUUGGACCAGGUCUUGGAAGAGAUCCCUUAAUGUUAGAUACAGCAUCAGGGAUAAUUUUAGAAGCUAGAAGACGUAGAAUUCCUAUAGUAGUUGAUGCAGAUGGUUUAUAUUGUAUACAAGAUAAACCAGAAAUUAUUAUGGGAUAUAAGGAUUGUGUUUUAACACCAAAUGUUGCAGAAUUUUCACGACUUUGUCAUAAAUUUCAUAUAGAUGAGAAUAGUUCAUGUGAAAAUCUUGCUAAUAGUCUUGGUGGGGUUACUAUAUUGAAAAAAGGGAAGAUAGACGAUAUUUCUAAUGGUUUAAUGACACUUAAUGUCAAUGUAAAUGGUAGUCUUAGACGCUGUGGAGGUCAGGGAGAUGUUCUUGUAGGUAUACUUUCAACAUUAUUAGCAUGGAGAAGGGCAUAUUUGGAAAAUUUAUGGGAGUAUGAUAGUAAUGAAGCUAAAAUUUGUAUUUAUAAUACUAGUCAUGAUAAAUCACUUAAUAAGGAUGAAUUAUUGAUGAUAGCAUCAUAUGGAGCGGCAUUUGCAACACGUUAUUGUUCUUAUCUUGCGUUCAAACGAAAAAAAAGAGCAAUGAGGGCUACUGAUUUGAUGGAUGCUAUAGGAGAAGUAUAUGAAUUAUUAUCUGAAGGGUAA